AGGACUGGAGGCUCGUUCACCAAGGGGCUCGUCAGCAGGACUGGAGGCACGUUCACCAAGGGGCUCGUCAGCAGGACUGGAGGCACGUUCACCAAGGGGCUCGUCAGCAGGACUGGAGGCACGUUCACCAAGGGGCUCGUCAGCAGGACUGGAGGCACGUUCACCAAGGGGCUCGUCAGCAGGACUGGAGGCACGUUCACCAAGGGGCUCGUCAGCAGGACUGGAGGCACGUUCACCAAGGGGCUCGUCAGCAGGACUGGAGGCACGUUCACCAAGGGGCUCGUCAGCAGUUCAGGAGAACAGCAAUGACAGAAAUUUCUUAGAAGGACCGAAUGACAGGUUACCAGGAGGCCUUUUAGGAGAAAUGACUGACAUCUUACCAAGGACCUCAUCACCAGAACUGCAGUACAGCGAGGCAAAGAGCUUGUCAGAAGAAAUAAAUGAUUAUUUACAAAAGAGGUUUUCAGAAGAAUUAGAUGAAACACCAAUAUCCUUAACAGCUGAACAAGAGGGUAGUUUACCAGGAGACCUGUCAGCAGAGCUUGAUACCCGUUCACCAAGGAGCUCAACAUUCGGAAAGAAUGAACUUUUACCAGAGAGUUCUUCAGAACAAACACAGGUUCACUCACCAAGGGGCUCGUCAGCAGGACUGGAGGCACGUUCACCAAGGGGCUCGUCAGCAGAAUUUGAGGCACGUUCACCAAGGGGCUCAUCAGCAGGACUUGAGGCACGUUCACCAAGGGGCUCAUCAGCAGGACUUGAGGCACGUUCACCAAGGGGAUCAUCAGCAGGACUUGAGGCACGUUCACCAAGGGGCUCAUCAGCAGAAUUUGAGACACGUUCAACAAGGGGCUCAUCAGCAGGACUUGAGGCACGUUCACCAAGGGGCUCGUCAGCAGGACUGGAGGCACGUUCACCAAGGGGCUCGUCAGCAGAAUUUGAGGCACGUUCACCAAGGGGCUCGUCAGCAGGACUUGAGGCACGUUCACCAAGGGGCUCAUCAGCAGAAUUUGAGGCACGUUCACCAAGGGGCUCGUCAGCAGGACUGGAGACACGUUCACCAAGGGGCUCGUCAGCAGGACUGGAGUCUCGUUCACCAAGGGGCUCGUCAGCAGGACUGGAGACACGUUCACCAAGGGGCUCGUCAGCAGGACUGGAGUCUCGUUUACCAAGGGGCUCGUCAGCAGGACUGGAGGCAGGUUCACCAAGGGGGUCGUCAGCAGGACUGGAGACACGUUCACCAAGGGGCUCGUCAGCAGGACUGGAGUCUCGUUCACCAAGGGGCUCGUCAGCAGGACUGGAGACACGUUCACCAAGGGGCUCGUCAGCAGGACUGGAGUCUCGUUCACCAAGGGGCUCGUCAGCAGGACUGGAGGCAGGUUCACCAAGGGGCUCGUCAGCAGGACUGGAGGAAAGUUAUCCGAAUAAUUUGUUUGUAAAUCAAGAAAACUAUACCCUGAGGGACCUAUCAGAAGGAAGUGACGCUCAUUCACCUCAGAUCUUUGUAUCGGAGGAAGAACAACAAGGUCGUAGACAUUCGUCGGAUUUACUUGCCAGUGGGGAGGAGCCAGCAUCUGUAGAGUCAUUGAAAAAGAAACUGUUGGUGCCACUGCCUCUAGAGGUAACAGUUAGUAAAGAGCCGCGAAAAUCUAUAGGCAUGGAAAUGUUCAACUACCUCGUUCGUCGGUUUAGCACCGUUGAAGAUCCUUACGGGUCUGCUAUUCUGAAACAGAAUAGUAAAGAUGAAGAUUCUGAAGCAGCUUCUGAGCAUUCUGAUGCUCCAGAGAAAGAAGACAUUGAAGCUAAUACAGGUGAUAUAAUGUCCCAUGGAACCAUGAUAUCUAGUCCUUACAACCAUGAAGAUAAAUCAACUGAAGUGUCAGACGAUUCUGACUCUGAACUUGAUAUGACAUGGAAUGUUAAUGAAGACAAAUUAGAGGAGUUAGCUUCUGGGGAUGAGCUGCAAGAUCGUUCCAGGAGUGUUUCCCUUGGUACAGAUGUCAGCAGUCCACUGGACCAUGCUAGAACUCUCAUCUUUGAGGAUGCUGAGGAAGAGCCACACGUUUCUAUUGAUAAGGGUGUACGUCGGUCGAGUGGAGUUGGAAAAGAAAUUUAUCUCGAAAAAAUACAGUCAAAUAAUGAAGAGGAUGCCAGUCACUGCCUGAGGUUGACAAACGGGUCAGAAAGUAGCAUCAAGUCAACACCUCGAAGGAGCGUUACUCCUAAUGCAGGUCUUCAUAAAUCAAAUAUAGUUUCGGAGGAAAUUAAGACAUAUGAAGAAAAGGAAGUAGAGUCUGAUGAUGAAAAGUUAAAUAACAUGUGGGUCAUUAGAAAAGUCAAUGGUGUGGCUCCACCUGGUGUCAACAAUGAUAUUUCCACCGAAGACCCAGAAUUGGAAGUGACAACAGAGUAUUACCAACUCGACCUCGAAACAGGAGACUUGUAUCGCUAUGAGGUGCCAGACAUAUAUUCAGCUCUGUACCACCACUUCUUCGCCAUCCUGGGUGGGGAGGACUUCGAUGUUAUAGACAUGGAACUCAACCCGGCUUCACUGGACUCCGUGAAGCCACUCAACACUGAAGAUUCCCCACAGCUAAAGUCAUUAGGGAGACAGCUGAUGGAUUCUGUCAGUCACCUGGAGGGAUCAAGAGGCUGGACGACAAUGGAGAACUGCCAGAGGGACAGGAAAAAGAAAAAUAUUGAUGAUGUUACCGCUGUCACAUUCUGUGGCUGCGGCUUCCUUGGGGUGUACCUGGUAGGUGUGGCAACCUACAUGCAGCAGCACGUGCCCCAGAUCCUGAGAGGGCGUCUGGGAGGCUCCUCUGUGGGGUCCCUUAUUGCAACGUGUCUGGCCUGCGACGUCCCUAUUGAGGUUGUGAGGAAGUCCAUUAAUGAAACAGCUGAAGCAGCACGUCAGUACACCUUUGGGGUGUUCAAUCCCUUCUACCCUCUGGAAGAACCACUGUUGGGGAAACUGCUGGAGCUACUGCCUGAGGAUGCCCAUAUUCGUGCCUCAGGCAGACUGUACCUCUCCCUCACUCGUGCCUCGACUCUCACUAAUGAGGUGGUGUGUGAGUAUGCAACGCGUGAUGAGCUGUUGCGUGCUGUGCUGUGCUGCUGCUUCCUGCCAGGGGUGUCUGGCUUUUCUGUCCCCACCUUCCAGGGGCACAAGUAUAUUGAUGGGGGCAUGAGCAACAACAUGCCACUUAAGGGACCUUCCAACAUAAGUGUGAAUGUCUUCGCUGGAGAGUUUGACAUCUGCCCAGAGGAACAGAAGAGCUAUGGUCUUACCACAGCCUUCAACCAAUCAGUGGAAAUGUCUUCACAGAAUGUGAAAAAGUUCUUUCAGGCCCUGUUGCCCCCAAUUGACCUGGAUGACUACUAUGAACAAGGUUAUCUAGAUGCAAAAAAAUACUUCACUGGUUCUUAGAACUUGCAUCAGGUUGCUGCACCUAUUUCAAGCAUAGAUUUGCAACUUUGUGAGUUUAAAUGCUUCAUUGUGUACACUGCAAAUGCUUUAAGCUCUUCUUAUGUUAUAUAGCAAGCUAAGCAAAUGGAAUUUGUGAUGUUUCUUUGAUAAAAAGUAACAAUAUCUUCAUAGGCUGCUCUGUAAAUCUACAUAACUUUUCAAACAUCAGUUACGCUUUGUGCAGAUGAGCUUCAGUUAUUGGGAUUGCUAGAUCGUUCAGCACACAUCUCAGGGUCUCAGAGGGGAGGCACAUAAAUUCUUAGUAUUCAUUAGGUAUAACAAUGAGAAGCCUGGCGAUGAAAAAAUAUUAUAUAUAUAUAUAUAUAUAUAUAUAUAUAUAUAUAUAUAUAUAUAUAUAUAUAUAUAUAUAUAUAUAUAUAUAUAUAUAUAUAUAUAUAUAUAUAUAUAUAUAUAUAUAUAUAUAUAUAUAUAUAUAUAUAUAUAAUGGUUUGUAACCCAUUGAAAUAAGGUUUUAGAUCACUCACCAAAAGGGCAAUUGAGAGUAAUUAAGGACUUUGAUAAGGAGCAAGAGCUGAUGAAGCUUUCAAAGUGCCUUGCUGCUGAAGAAAUUACUACUUAUUGACUCAACUGUUGAUACAGUGUAGGUAAAAUUUCUAUUGAACAGCAUUCCUGCAAGUACUCUGUUGUAUUGCUGCUAUUAUUCAUAGGGCUUAUACAAAUUAGUAAUGUAUUUCACAUAUUCAUGAAAUAAAGUUCCUACUACUUACAACUUAUUGCAAAACCUUCACUAAUAGGUACGUAAUUAGUACGAGAUGAGUGGAGCAAAGAUAACUCAUAUUGAAAACUAUGAAUUUUUUUUUAAGUGUUGGACAAUUCUCCCCUUGAGUCUUGGUGCCAAUGGGGAAAUUUGUAGCUGGGUGAUACACAGUGCCAUGAAGUUGUCUAUUCUCCAUUCUUCAUUAAGUCUGACUAACAAGGUGCCCUACACUUGUCGUGACAUACUUAAUGUGUUCAUAUUCUAGCAAAUAAUGUCUGUAAAUCUCAUUUGUGGGUUCUAAUUUUCAUAACAAAUAUUACCUGCUAUAAAAUUAAGGAACCACAAAACACAUUUAAAGUGUGCAAAAUCUGAACACUCAUAGUAAAAAACGAGGAUAUUUUACUUUGACAUAUCUUUAUCAAUAUACAGCAUAUGAAAAAACAAUAACAAGGCAGGUUGGGUUGUUGAAUGCUCUAAUUAUUAAACACCAAUUAACAAAAAAGUUUUGUAGAUUAUCAGCAAACCAGUGAACAUAUUCCCUUUUAAAUAACAGACUGCUCUAACACUAAGAAGCAGAAUAAAGUCAAAAGAUGCCGAUUAUAUUCAGUAUGUGUCUUGUUGGACUCCUCUUGACUACCAAGUACCUCUGAUUUUCUAAAAAGGACAAUUAAAAGUGCUUUGUUCCAAGUUUUUUUAUUCAAGGAUCAAUGGUGAGCUUAUUUGGGGUAAUUACAUGCUGCUGUCAUGGUCCACUGGCUAAGCAGAGGACAAAUGGAAAGAAGAUGCUCUAGGUCCUUCUAAGAUUGACUCACAUAUAACAGUAUGAUCUACAUAUACACCCAAGAUUUGACUGUUGAAUAGGAAAUCCUAAUCAACCAUAAUUGCUAUAAAGGAAUGGACUGAAUACUAUAAUUUUCAUCCUACUUCUAUAUGCAUAGAAGUCUGGCAACAAUUAGAGCAUAAUUUUGUUUCAAUUACUGAUUGGAUUAGAAUUUUCUUUAGAAAACCAAUUCACACUCAGCAUUGACAUGGUCUGCUUAUAUACUAAGAUUCCUAAAUAUUACAAUACUUUUUUUCACAUUUAGUUUUCCCUACUACAUAUGAAACAAACUGAGAACCUAAAAAAUGCUUCUCAAUUUAUAAGUAAGAGACCUUACACACACAAAAAAAGAGAGAGAGAGAGAGAGAGAGAGAGAGAGAGAGAGAGAGAGAGAGAGAGAGAGA